AUGAAAGAAACUACUACCAAUCAGUGCGGAAUUCCUUUGAAAUCUGAUUCGCUUGAUAGUCAGGAAGCUGAUUUGGUCUUCUCUAUUCCACACGGAGUUCAGCUUUUCACUAUUGAUGGUGACAAGACAACCGCUCCCACCGAUCCGACUUCCCUUCAGCUUCUCAAACUUAAUUCCGAAUUUGAUGAUGAAGACCAGAAAGUUUGUGCUUUCAUUCAAGUGGGCCCUUGGGUUUAUCCGUUGAUGAAAGAGAAGACACCGAUUCUGAAGAAUGAAUUUGGAGCCUAUGUGAUGCCGAAUCCAACUCCAGAUAGGCCAAACAUGAUGGCAGCAAUUCUGGUUUCUGAAGAAGUCGAUGAUGAGCUGAAACAGGAUCUUCAGAAUUACCUGAAAGAAUUUGCGAAUUUGCGGAUUCAAGAUGAAUCGAGCAACGAGUUCAAUGAGGACGAGAAGGUGCGGCUCAGCCGCAAAAUUUCGCAAUUCUUCAUCACAAAAGGGCAAAAGAUUGCUUCUGGAGUCGAGAACAGAUUGACAGAAGCGGCAAACAAGGUGCAGAAUAAAGGCGAAGCAUAUCGGAGCAACGCGGAGCCCGCUGAGCAACCGACGCAAGUGUCUCCAAUCGUCAAAGAAGGGGUGGUUUAUAUGCACAAGGGCACGAAAACAGUGGCGAAAUUCACCAAUUUCAUUUUGGAAAAAGUAGGCGAUGUGGCAAACGCGAUUGGCGACAAAUUGGCGGCUGGUGUACAAAAAACAUACAAAGAUGGCAAACCGCCACAACUUGUAGCUGACACCAUUGAGAUCCUUGGAGGCGGUUUAACGGGAUUGGGAAUGGUAUUCAUGGCAUUGGAGCAUAAUGGAAAAGUAUUAGGAAGAAGUAUUGUGAACGAGACAGUUGAAAGUGUGAAACUCAAAUAUGGAGAUGAGGCAUCCGAAACGACGAAACACGCGCUCUCGUCGGCAAGUCAUUGA